UUCUCUAAGAUUAGUUUGUUACUGAUCUUACGUCAAAACUUCCGAAACAAGCCGAAAAAAAUCCAUGUCUGUUUUUUUUUGUUUCGUCCCCUCUAUUGUUGUCUUGAUGCAUUUUUGGAAACUUGCAUAACAAAGAGAGAAAAGAAAGAAAUCUAGAUUAUACUGGAAAGAGAGGGGGAAAAUGGCUCCGGCAUAUGAUGAUAUGGGACGUGAUAGAACGUUUGAGUUUGAAACAGAUGAUGAAGAAAAUCUUGCAGAAGGAGGAAAUGACAAUGAUUAUGAUAGUGAUUAUAACACUUCAUCUUCGAAUCGUUCUGAAGGCAGUCAAGCUUUUAGUUAUUCUGCCUGGCCUCAAAGUUAUAGGCAAUCGAUGGACAUGUAUACGAGUGUGACACCUCCAACUGUUGGAUUCCUGGCGGGCUCGAGUUUGGGAAUCGGCAGCUCUUUCCUGUCUACAUCAGCGCAAAGGAGACCAUCAUAUCAAAGUUCUGAACAAACGUUAAUUAAACCAUUCAUUUCCGUAUCGAGCUUAGACAAAGAAGGAAUUCAACCUCCUCAAACACCAGCGUCAAAACAUUCAUCACGACGUUUCUCAUAUCAAGAAUUACCACCUACCCAAGAAUGCUCUUAUUUUCAAUCCGUCCUUAACGGGAUUAACGUUCUGUGUGGCGUUGGACUCCUUUCGACACCUUAUGCUGUUAAACAAGGAGGGUGGAUCAGUUUGUCAGUGUUGUUCAUAUUCGCAGGCAUUUCUUGCUAUACAGGAAUCCUCUUGAAGCGUUGUUUAGAUAGUUCUCCUGGACUUCAAACAUAUCCUGAUAUUGGACAGGCUGCUUUUGGUGCACCGGGUCGUUUGAUGAUAGCUAUAAUCUUAUAUGUAGAAUUAUAUUGUUGUUGUGUAGAAUACAUAAUUCUUAUGGGUGAUACCUUAUCGUCGAUUUUCCCAAAUGCCUACAUAGAACUUGGUGGAGUGUAUCUGGACUCUCACCAUGUCUUCGCCAUAAUGACAACUCUAAUGAUUCUUCCCACUGUCUGGCUUCGAGACCUAAGUUUACUUUCAUAUCUUUCAGCUGGUGGAGUGAUUGCAUCACUUGUAGUAGUUGUUUGCUUGUUAUGGGUUGGUGGGGUAAACCAAAUCGGAUUUCAUCCAGCUGGGACACCAUUUGACCUCAAAAACUUUCCUGUUGCUAUCGGCUUAUAUGGUUUUUGUUACGCUGGACAUUCUGUUUUCCCAAACAUCUACUCUUCCAUGAAAGAACCAUCACAGUUUCCGGCAGCUCUUGCUAUUAGUUUCGGAAUCGUUUGCUUCCUGUAUACUGGGGUAGCUAUAUGCGGGUUUCUGAUGUUCGGUGACGCUACACAAUCCCAGUUUACUCUAAACAUGCCUCAGAAAUUUGUUGCCUCUAGAGUUGCAGUUUGGACAACGGUUAUUAAUCCACUCUCCAAGUAUGCAUUGACAAUCACUCCAGUCGCAUUGAGUCUAGAGGAACUCUUGCCACCAGCACUGCUGAAAUCUCAUAGUGUUUCGGUAUUUAUCAGGACAGCACUAGUUAUCUCAACAUUAGCCGUGGCGCUCACAAUUCCAUUCUUUGGUUUUGUUAUGGCAUUGAUCGGUUCAAUUCUUACAAUGCUUGUGGCUUUCAUCUUUCCUUGUGCGUGUUAUUUAAGCAUUCGACGUGGUCAAUUAAGUAGAUUAGAGACUGUAUCUUGCAUUUUAAUUCUCUUGAUGGGUGUGGCAUGCUCGAUUAUCGGUUCAUAUUCGUCUAUAGCAAAAAUUCUUCAAAAAUUGGGUUCAUAAAAUGAAUUUUACACAGUUGUGAUUGUUGUAAUUUAUCUUCUAGGUACUGGACUUUUUUUAGUUCAUUAUAACAUACAUUAUCUUCUUUUGCAUCAUCGAGUGAUUGCAAAUGGAACUAUUAAAGCAUCUGAAAUGGCAUCGGACAUCAACAUUUAUCCACUAACAACUUCUUCAAAUUCAGUUUGAGUAAUGCCUAAGCGUACAUGAUUUUGCGUCUAUGAUGAGGAAAGACACCAAAUUUCUACUAAGAUAUAUUUGCUGUGGAGAAAACUCAGAAGAAAGAGAGCAGACGCAUGCGUUGUUUAGUUCUGAUAAUGAUUUUCAUUCUAUUUGGCAAUAGAUAUGUACUUGUGUAAACUGUGCGUGAAUCUUAUGGAUUCAUAUUUUGUGUACUGCGACAACUGGCAAAUGACAGUUUUGUGUACGUUAGUAACCCGCUCGGAGGGUCAUCAGUUUAAUAUGUUUAAAUAUUUGUAACUUUGUCUUUCUGUAACAAGAAAUCAUAAGGAAGAAAUGAAAUCAAAUCUGAGUAGAUAGAUUGUCAAGCGGGCA